UGCCCCCUCCCCUAUAUUUCAACAUUUCAACACUGUAGUUAAGUUGUCCACCCCGCCGCACGCCCACAACCAUCUUUUCCGAGUGUGCCCAGAACAUGGUGGUGUUGCUGGUGAACGCAGCGCCCGGGUAAGCGCCAACCAGCGGUGUUCAACUCCUACCUGAAGCCGUUCGGCUCUCACGACACCAGCCGUUCCCUUCAACAGGCUCGUGCAGACAGACAGGGAGGAGAACCGAGAGCGAACGGAAGAGGACGCAACGCGACACAGCUGCGGUGCGCUCGCCUGGCAUGAGCUUGUCUACGAAAAACGGACUUGAACUGAGUUUUGGAGGAAUGAUAAACAGACAAAGUGGGGAUUAAAGAGGCGGAUAAUGUUGGAGAAUUGGCGUGGGAUUUUAAGCAAUGGAGUGUGAUCUCAUUCUUCUUCUGAAGUCCACGAGUGUUGAACUGCCAGCCCGAUCAAACGACUUGAGGCCUGGGGGGGGGAACAAAAAAACAAAAAACAAAACUUUCGUCUUCAUUUUGAACACUUUGCAUUGAAACUAAUUGAGAUUACCUCCAAGUAACUGGUUAAAAGGGAUUACACACAAACGAGGAUAAACUUAACUUCAGCUCCCUUUGACUUGUCUGAGUGCCUCGAUGUCAUCAGUAUUUUCUUCCUCUUGGAAGUUGAAAUCAUAAGUGUUAUUCGUCUUCUGGAGUUGGCAGAUAUGCACAGCCGCGUUGCACCCUAGCGCGAACGGCUGAUGUCAUUUGGAAUUGUCACGACGUCAGUUUGAGCUUGGAAGCGUUUUAAUGCGCUUUGAAAGCUGGAAUAAUAACGGUUGACAUCCGGAGUGUGUGUUCAGGAAAGGACGGGGCUCCUCCAUGGGGAUAGGCCGUCUUCUGACCCUCGACAGGGGCAGAAGUGGUGCAGUAACGGGAUAUGCGCCGAGUUUUGACGGGAAAAGACGGGCAGCUUUAAUGUCUUAUAAGGCGUCUUCCCCACCUCCGUUUAGGGGAUAUAUUGGACGAUUCUUGCUUCUUCGUGAUGUCAGAACAUAAGGGAGUACGCUGUUAGAUAUUUCUAAAUCAUUUUUGUGUGUUUUGACACUAAAAAGGAUAAAAGCGGUGCAUUUAAAAAAAGUUUUCUCUCAGAAAAUGGCGCCUUUUAACAAUACUUUCGACAAAUAGCAACGUUAAGUUUUGAAUUUGCAGUUAAGUUAACUGACAUUUGACCGAAACAAGUACAAGAAAUGUGUAAAAUUUAGAAAAAUGAAAUACAAACUUGCUUUACAUUUGCAUGUCAUUUGGAAAUGGAAAGUAAAUUCAAACAUUGUCGAACAUUGGAGAGGUUGUUUGAGGGACAGUGUUAACUGGAUUACAAACAUAAUUAAAAACCGUUUCAGAACACCCUAUGUGAAACAACCUCCUAUAUUUUAAGCCAUACUUACCUGCUCUAGUUGUAUUGAAUGCAAAUUUAAAACGAUGUGCUCAAAAAAGGAGGCUGAGCGGAUGACAGUGCGUCAGUCUCUCGGAGCAAAAGUGCACACAUGCGCGUUCACGUGCCCCUGAGCCAUAGAAUAUAAUGAAAUUCGAGUGCUGACGUAAUCGGAUAAGGAACUGCUCAAGAGUCCAAGACGGUCCAUCUUCAUAGUGAAUGCACUUGGAAUUUCGUUCUGGCUGUACUCUUUUCAAAAACAAAACAGUGUUUUUCAUAUCAAAAUGCCACUUCCUCUGUAAUGUCAGCAGUAGGUGAUAAGUGAUAAUUAAAAGUUAAUUGUUGUCUCAUUGUCAUGGCAUUGCCAGAGCAGCACCAGCCGCUACACGAGACCGAAGUUAGGUGUGAUAGUGAAGGGGGAGCUGUUACUGUGCAGAUAAACGACAGCCGGGAUCAACAGGUGGGUCCAGACCAAGACAACAUGGGCUCCUCCAAACCCUGCAAAUACAGCAUCUCGUCAAGCUGCAGCUCAGUUGUUCCCAGGACUCACCUGAGCAGGCCGAGGAGAGUCCCGCAGCUGUUCGAGAGGUCUGCCGCGCAGUGCUGGGACCCCAAGUUUGACUCCUCCAUUCUAGAGGAGGCAUGCAGGGAACGUUGCUUCCCGCAGAUGCAGAGAAGAUUCCGCUACGUCCUGUUUUACCUGGCCACCGCUGCGCUGCUGUGGGGGAUUUACUUCGGGAUCAAUAGCACCAGGUGUGACCCCACAACCUUCCUGAUACCCACGGCAGGGUUUCUUGUGCUUUGCCUUCUCCUCCUCUGGUUUACGUUCACAAGGCCGUAUGCACGAUUCUACAACCAUGCCUCCUUCCUCCUUACAGUGAUCAUGUUUGGCAUCACCCUGGCGCCCCAGACGCAAACCGCUCUCUUUGCUCUUUUUGAUGGCCAGAAAGCAGGCAAUCAUUCACUACUACCUGCUUUUCAAAAUGCUCCUUGUAUAUCACCAGUUGGGACAUUUUCACUCUGUAUGGAGGUGCUGCUUUUGCUGUACAGUGUGUUGCAUUUGCCCCUGUAUGCGUCGGUGCUUCUAGGCCUGCUGUAUUCUGUCCUCUAUGAGGCUUUAGGUUGGCUGCAGCUUGCUCAGUUGGAUGGUGAUUAUGUAUCAGAGGUGGAAAGCUCAGACUGGCAAAAUCUAAGCUGGCUCGGCCCAGGUAAAGUCCUGCUGCACCUGUGCGCGCACGUCAUUGGCAUCCACAUAUUCAUCAUGUCCGAAGUGCGCUCUCGGAGUACCUUUCUCAAGGUGGGUCAGGCGAUCAUGCACGGGAAGGAUCUGGAGGUUGAGAAGGCGCUGAAGGAGCGGAUGAUCCAUUCUGUGAUGCCUCGGCUGGUGGCGGACGAGCUGAUGAAACAGGGAGACGAGGAGGGCGAGAGCUCAGGGAAACGAUACAGUGCAGGGACGUGCUCCGUCGGCACUGCCGCCGCCGCGACCUCGUCCAGCCCCAAAAACAACAAGCGUAAGAAGAAUUCCAUUCCUCGUGGCCAAAUCAUUUUCAGGCCCUUCAACAUGAAGCGCAUGGAGCCAGUCAGCAUCCUCUUCGCUGACAUUGUGGGAUUCACCAAAAUGAGUGCCAACAAGUCCGCCCAUGCACUGGUAGGACUGCUGAACGACCUCUUCGGCCGCUUCGACCGUCUUUGUGAGUUGACCCGCUGCGAGAAGAUCAGCACUCUAGGAGAUUGCUACUAUUGUGUGGCGGGCUGCCCUGAGCCGGUCCUCGAACACGCAUGCUGCUGUGUGGAAAUGGGGCUAGGGAUGAUCCAGGCCAUCGAGCAGUUCUGCCAGGAGACGUCAGAGACCGUGGACAUGCGUGUUGGCGUUCACACUGGCACUGUGCUCUGUGGCAUUCUGGGAAUAAAGCGCUUUAAGUUUGACGUCUGGUCCAACGACGUCAACUUGGCCAAUCUUAUGGAGCAGCUGGGCGUGGCGGGAAAGGUACACUUGUCGGAGGUCACAGCAAGUUUUCUGCAUGACUGUUAUGAGAGGGAGGAUGGACGAGUGAUGGAGCGUGCCGGGCACAGUGUUGCUGAUCAGCUGAAAGGUUUAAAGACGUAUUUGAUCUCGGGCCGGAAGAUGGGCUCUCAGUGUGCCUGUUUCCAGCACAGUUUGGGCCGGGACUAUGGCGAAAUAUUAAGUCCGUCCUCAAACACGCACACUCCAGAUCUCACAGAUCCCCUCUCACACAGCAAGCCUGUGUGUAGCAUCUCUGUAGAUGCCGUUGACAAUCUGUUAGUUGAUGAGGCAACUCGAAAUGGCUGCCAGGAUGAACAUAGAGGCAACAGCAGUAAGUUUCCUGCAGGCCGUAGCCCUAAAACCCUGAACGGGCUGUUGAGUCCUCUGUGCGAGGAGCGUGUGGGAGUCAGCCAAUCGUCUCUGUGCGACAAACUGCAGGAGAAGGACAGGAGCUGGGCUGGGAGUCUGACCGCAGAAGGAGGCGGCAGCAAGGACCACUCGGCGAUCCUCCCGCUGCGCUCCAAAAACUUUCGGGAGAAAAGUGACGCACAGUUUGUGGAAGUGAUAAAGGAAGACAGUCUGAUGAAGGAUUACUUCUUCAAGCCACCCAUCAACAAGCUGAGUUUGAACUUCUUGGAAAAACCUCUGGAGUCAGCGUACCGCACCAGCUACCACGAAGAGGUGGUGAAUCACGUGCCGGUGCAGACGUUUGCGAGUCCAGUCUUCAGCUCUCUGCUUGAUGUUUUGCUGUCUUGUGCCGUUUUUCUCGCCCUCACCAUCGCCUGCUUCCUGUAUCCCCUUGUUUUCAUGAAGACACCCUUGGCAACCACGCUCGGACUGGCCAUCACCGCCGCUCUGUUGGAACUGGUUUCUCUCAUUUUGUCCGUUCGCAUGAUCUUUUGCCUGGAUGAUGUGCAGAACUGUACCCGCUCUCUGUUGAAGCUGGUCUCUGGCUGGAUCCCACGUCAUGUGAUCGGGGCUGUGCUCGUUUCACUUCCCGCCGUGUCUGUCUUCUCCCACCUGACUUGGGCUUGCAGUCUGGAGCUGCCCAUCCAGGUGACCAUGUUCCUGUGCUGUGCUCUCAUUAUUGCUAUUAUCCAGUACUGUAACUUCUGCCAGCUCAGUUUCUGGAUGCGCUCUGUUUUGGCCACUGUUGCCGGUUUGUCUUUACUUAUCCUGCUCUACAGCGCCACCACCAGCCCCAGGGCCACUGACACUGUUCCAGUGUUUUGGAACACGAGUAACCAGAGUGUCUUAGUAGAUCACACAGGUGAGUUGGACUCUGCGCCCACAGCUCUCGACCUGCUCGUCCUCGAGACCGUGCUCUCCUUCUUCCUUCUGCUGCUGCUGGUUUGGUUCCUCAACCGGGAAUUCGAGGUCAGCUACCGCCUACAUUACCACGGUAACGUGGAAGCCGACAAGCAUCGCAUCAAGAUUCAGACCAUGCGAGAUCAAGCGGACUGGCUGCUGCGUAACAUCAUCCCCAUGCAUGUUUCCGAGCAGCUCAAGGUGAACCAGAGUUACUCUAAAAAUCACGACAUCGUCGGGGUCAUCUUCGCAAGUAUCGUCAACUUUAGCGAGUUCUACGAAGAGAGCUACGAGGGAGGGAAAGAGUGCUACCGAGUGCUUAACGAACUCAUUGGGGACUUUGACGAGCUCUUGCGCAAGCCUGCGUUCUCCAAUGUAGAGAAGAUUAAAACCAUUGGUGCGACCUACAUGGCAGCAUCUGGAUUAAAUGCGCAGCAGUGCCAGGAGCAGGUGCACCCGCACGCUCACUUGCGUGCCCUCUUUGACUUCGCUCUCGAAAUGAUGCGCGUGGUGGACGAUUUUAACAAGAACAUGUUGGGUUUCAAGUUCAAGCUGCGAAUUGGCUUCAACCACGGGCCCCUGACUGCCGGCGUCAUCGGCACCACCAAGCUGCUUUACGACAUAUGGGGCGACACGGUCAACAUCGCUAGCCGCAUGGACAGCACAGGAGUGGAGUGCCGCAUACAGGUUAGCGAAGAGAGCCACUGUGUGCUCAGCAGAAUGAACUAUACCUUUGACUAUCGCGGCACUGUAAACGUAAAAGGGAAAGGGCAGAUGAGGACUUACCUGUAUCCCCAAAUGAACGAGGGCAGAUCGGGGUCCACACAAAGCCUGGAACAAUGCCAGAUGGACAGUGUCAUUGGGCAUUUAGAGCCCAAAACACUUUCCAAUACAACAUCUGUCGCACCACUAAACCCUGUAUCCACUUCCCCUGAUGUUGCCUCUAUCAGUGGCCACGGUGUGCCUCAGGGCCGUGUAUUAGGCCCGUCUCAGAUUACAGAGGAGUUGCACCAAGACACUAAGGACACUUUUCCUGUCCCUGAGCUCAAAGAAAAGGAUUACGAGAGUCCUUAUCAACCACCAUCGCUGAGUGGUACACAAACUCCAUCAAUAGCACAACUGUACGCACCAUUGGCCAGACCAGAGACACCUUUACAAGGAGAGGAUGAUGAAGUAGAUGAGCAUACAAAGCUCAGGGCAGUGGAGUGAUUUCGGCUGAGCAGCGGUCCUUCCUUAAGAGCCAAUCGGCUGUUGAUAUCGAGGCUCUACUUCCUUGACGGGGCUUUUCCAACCACAACUGUUGGAGUUAGCAGCUUGUAUAGGGCAUAUGUGUCUGAUGUAGAAAAACGGGUGCGUUAAGCAUCUGCUGUGUGGAUCACAGUGUAGCACAGAGGGGAAAAUGGAUUUAAUAUUUCUGAUGUUCGCAAAUGAUUAUUUUUUUUUUUUGUUUAUAAAGUGCCUUCACAGUAUGUAAACCGAAUAAGAUCAGUCAAAUGAACAACUCAGAGAUAUUUGAACAAAUAUAUCAGCAUGGUUUUUCGAAAAGAUCUGGACAAUGCUGUUUUUCGUAACGUAAAAAUGUAAUAUAUUACUACACCUCUUAUGCCGUAUUAAUUAUUUCCCUUAAUUUCAGUGUUUUUUUUUUUUUCUCUCAAAAUAAUCAAAGUGCCAGUUGCUAAUUAGGACAGGAUUACAGGCGAAUACAUUAUGGUUAUUAUAAUAAAUAUACAGCGUAUUAGUUUCACUACUUGUUGGGCAGUCACCUACAUCACAUUAAAAGAAAACCAAGGAAGACAAGGGUGGAUAGAUGGAGUUGGGCUUCUGGCACUUUUGACCACAAUGCCCAUAUUAAUAUCUAAUAUAUCUGGCAGCAUAUAUUGUAGCUUUUAUCAAUAGAAGGUAAAGGUGUCUCACGCACAAUAACACCCUAAACUCAUGAAAUGAGAAAAACGGCAUAAUCAGCCUUAUUUGUUUGAAAAGCAAUCAAGAAAGAUGGCUGAAACCAUGCUGUGCGAUCUCUCCGCUUCAUUAGAGGACACAAGGGCUGGUGAUUUGUAAUGCAUUCAGUAAUACAGAGUGUAAUGUUUGUUGUAAACAUGUACAAAAAUGUUGGCCUAAUAAUUUCUCAUUGCCUGACAGGUCCUUAUUCCUUAGCACAAUUAUGGCAUGGAAGGGAAUUUCCGACAGGAUUCAAAGCUAAAUUAAUAAACUGAUUUUUCAAGCAUGGCACUUACAAUAUAUACGGCAGAACGAGUGGCACUGUUUUCCCCUAAAUAUUUCCAGUGAAAUCCUACCAAUGAGGCCUUCAAUGAAGUAUUCAGUUGAACAGGUUUUGUAGCUGAAUUAUCAGUCAGUGCAUUUUAAUUCAUUUCAUUCAGUGCCUCAAACUUUUUCAUAUCAGAGCGAGUUGGUAUAGCCAUCGUUCUUAUUGAUUACCGUGCACUCAUGAGACCUGUUCACCCCAUGGCCUUGAGGAAAAUGGUUGUUGUGUUGCCAUAGUCGGCGAGCAGCUUGAGCUGCUGUUUUGGUAUAAAUCAAAUCUUCUAAGAAAGUAGAAGUAAAUGUAUGAUAGCCAGAUUUUGUUCAUUUUAUUUUUUGGUGUCGAUUCUCUUGGGUUUUAUGGAAGCUUGUUUCCGCCACUGAAUAAUAAUA